UGAAGAUAACUGUCAUUUCCGUGUUCUCUGGGUUUAGUUUUCAAAGAAGAUUCCUGUGGUGAGAGAAAACUGCUAAUGAAUUACCACCAUAGUGUAAAGGCUACCAGCCUUUCCAUUAUUCCUCCCAAAGUCUGUGACUCCACUAUAAGGUGGCAUCAGCCUUACAGACUUUGGCCUCCAGUCUCUUCGAGGUAUGCACGUCGCGUGCAGGUGUGUCUGUGUAGGGAACACGCAGACAUCUGCAACAAACUGUUGCUAUCAUAAACGAUCAAAAAAGGUAAUUGCGUUAAUUUGAAAUCAGACAGCAUUAUUUCUGACUAUUUAAACCAGCAUUGUGUGUGUGUGUGUGCGCGCACGUACUGGGGGUCAUGCCAACAGGGGAGGGACCGGACCGUCAAGUGGCCAGCUCUCGAGCUCGCCCGCCCGCCCACCGCGCGCCACUCCACACCGGGAGCAGCGCGUGAGGAUGAUGCCAGCUAGAGAUAGAUGGAUUGGCGAGGGAGGGGGGGAAAAAACCCCUGCAGAGUGACACAACUAGAGUAGAGGAGGUGGUUGAUGAGUGAGAGUAAAACUGAGAGAGUUAGGGAACAAAGACACAAAUAAAGAGAAAAAGGGGAAGGGGAAAUAGCCGGAGACCCGCUAUUGGCUGGCUCCCUUUACUCCGCACCGAUGUCCGAGGCCCGCCCGGUGCCAGCGGAAGACAGUCGAACGAUUGAGCGCGCACAGGAGGAACUGUCAGUGGAGUGGAAAGCUUCGUGGAACGGACGCUCUUCCCUGUGACAGACUCAUUCUUAUCACUGUGAAAGUGGAAGGGGCUGUCCUAACCUGUGAUAGAUCGCCGACUUGUUUUGCUGUGCAGUGAUGGAUUCUCCCACAGAUCUUUUCGAUGACUCUGCUCCCCGGAUACAUGCCUUUGCUCCCACUCACAGCUCCACGGAUCUCCCUGGAGUUCACCCUCAGCCCAGCGCAGGUCGACCUGCCUUCAGACCACCCGGCUUCCCUCUCAUCCACCACCUCCUCCAGCCAGGUGGCGCCGCCAGGAGGAUCGGAGGGCAACUCAACACAAACCUGAGUGCACACAGACACCUGGAAGACAGAAAUUUGGAGGAGGACAGAGGAGAGCGGGAUGGGCUGUUGGAGCAAGGGGUGGAAGGAGGAGAGGAAGGCGUGAUGGAGGGAGAGGACAGCUUGUUCGGGGUUAAGAAGAGGCACAGCGACACAGCCCCCACGGCCGAGUGGAACCACGAUGUCUUGAAAGUGAAGAGGAUGAAGCUGGAGAGUCGACCAAGAGAUGGGGAGGCGGAGGAGAGGGGCAGGAGGCGGGAGGGUGGAAGGGAGGGCAAGAGAAGAGAGAGGGAGGAGCUGAAAGAGCAACUGGAAGAGGCAAGAGAGAGACUGCAGGCCCUGCAGGAGAAAGUAUGGAGGGCUUUUGGGGAAAAGCACAUAGUAGAGGAGGAGAAGAAAAGGAGGCACAGUAAUAGAGGAGGAGGAGAUGGAGGAGAAAGAGAGGUGGGGAUGAUGGAGGAGGAGGACAUUACAGGAGGGAUGUAUGAUGAAGACAACACUGAUGGUGGAGAAAUGGAAAAGGAAACUUUCUCCCUACUCUCUGUUUCCCCUUUUGACAACUCCCACAAGAGGAGAGAAGACAGGUCAAAAGACAGAGAAGGGCAGAUGGAGAGAGGAAGAGGAGAGUUUCACCUGGAGGGCGUGAUGGAGGGAGCGGGGCUGUGGUUGGAUUGUGGAGGUCUGGUAAGGGGAGACUGGCACGGGAUGGAAGACGAUGGUGAGGAGGGAGGGCAGAAGUUUGCUCAGGCGCUGAAGCUGGAGUUGGGCAGCGCUGUGGCACGAGUCAUCGAUCGAGUUCUGCGUCUUUACACCGAGAUGACAGAUUUCACUCCCUCCUCUCCUCCUGCCGCCAUCUCUUUCCUCCCGUCCGAUGUGGAAAACGAUGGCGGGAGGGAGAGGGGAGUGUGGAUGGGACUGUUAGCGAGAGGAAGAGGGGAGGAAAAAACGAGAGGUAAGGAGGAAAAGCCAGGGCUGCAGGAUGGAGAAAGAGAGAAGCAGCUCCAAAAAAUGAGCAAUGGGAGCAUGAUGCCUCCUGGACAGCCUCAUCACACUGACGCAUCAGAUCUGGCAAUGCCAUUGGCUGUCCAAAGGUCACCUGACAUACGAAAGGCUCACCCACUCCUUGGCCCACCUCUCACUUCUCACCUAAAUCCCUCUCAUCCAAACCUCUCGCUUCAUCACCCUUCUCUACCUCGCCCCCCUACUCUUUCCCAACCUCCCCUCUUGCCUCCAGCCUCACAACCUAAGGACCCCUCCUCCUCCUCCUCCUUCCAUCCAUCCUCAUCCUCCUCCUCUUCUUCCUCAUCCUCCUUCCCCGCGCCGCCCCCUCCUCCUCCUCCACCUCCUCCGCCACCUCCCCCUCUUCCUCUCCCACUUCUCCACUACUCCAUGCAGCAGCUCUUCUCCCGCUCUCUACACCACCCUCAGCUGCCCCACCUCCCCCCAUCCCGCAAGGACUAUUUGAACUCCGACCCUUUCUUGGAGUUCUCGUCUCACCCGUCGUCUCACCCUUCUUUCCCAACACUCCCUUUGCUCGGUCACUUAGACCCUUCGCUUGCACGCCACGCUCAUGGAGGCAGAGAGAGGGACAGAGGGAUGAGGGGAGAUGGAGGGAUGAGAGGAGGGAUGGAUGGAGGAGAGCUUUUUUUGUCAUCUGGGGGAGUAUACACUCAGGAGGGCUUGUCUCCCUGCCAUCUGAAGAAAGCCAAACUCAUGUUCUUCUACACUCGAUAUCCCAGCUCCAAUACACUCAAGACUUACUUCCCUGACGUCAAGUUUAACCGCUGUGUGACCUCCCAGAUGAUUAAAUGGUUCAGUAACUUCAGAGAGUUCUUCUACAUCCAGAUGGAGCGCUUUGCACGACAGGCUGUCCGCGAGGCUCUCACCCGGGACGGUGCACCUCGUCUGGGCAGAGAGAGUCAGCUGCGAGUGAGCCGUGAUACAGAGCUUUACCGCAUACUGAACAUGCACUAUAAUAAAAGUAACGUCUACCAGGUCCCGGAGAGGUUUAUCGAGGUGUCAGAGGUGGCUCUGAGGGAGUUUUACUCAGCCAUUUGGACUGGGAGAGACAGCGACCCCUGCUGGAAGAAAGGGAUAUAUAAAAUUAUCUGUAAGCUCGACAGUCCUGUACCAGAUGCGUUCAGACUGCCUGGCUGUCCUGUCGGCUGAUGAUCGAACCGCUUUCAUCUGGUACAUGUAUCCAAAUGCACAAAUACAUGCAUAAAAACACAAACUUACUGAAAGUAGGUCAUUUUUGGUAAAGCAUUCGCAAACUGUACAUUUCAACAUUGUGAGAACUGGUAUGAGGGAAUGCGCAAGAUUAAGAUUUUGCAACUCAGUUCAUUCAUAAUGCAUUCAUUUUGAAAACAAAUGAGAUCAUCUUAAGAUAGCAAAAGUAUUUCGUUUGCAGGAAAACACACAUUCACGCUGCAAUGGACAGACACACACAGGUUCAGUAGUGGACUGUCAGGCUCAUAAGGGUCUUGUGACUGCGCUUAAUCGAAGAACGUGACCAUACCGUUGAAUUAAAGCAGACAGCGCAGGAAUUUGCUCUCCAAACAUUCUUCACCAGUCAUUUGACUUGUGAAGUCACAGCACUGCUGUACAAGUUUGAUGAGACCAUGACCAUGAAAAUAAAAGCUGCUGCAGCCACAGGUCUGACAUUGACUGAAAUAUGCAUCAUUUCUGUGUAUGUUGUGUUACCGUGAGAUGGCUGCAGUUUCAGAUGUGUGGUUAAAAAAACAUGUGAGCCUCACACUCUGGCUUCACAACAUCCAUUCACGUGAAAAUAUAAUCUGCGUUCACUGAUUGCCCCUUGUAAAUUAUUCCAGUUCACAAGAAGAUACCACUCUAUGCAUCCUCUCAGUAAUCGAAUGUACUGCUGACAACUGUUUACCAUAGCAUGGGCACCGCACAAUCACAUGUUUCAAAUACUUUUCAGACAAAGAGUCAACAACCUGAGUACAUAGCAAGUUUCCCAUUUUUGAGAAAAUGUUGUGUAAUCAUUAACAGUCUCACACAGACCGCAACCAACUAACACAUCCAAACAUUUCAGUUCUGCUGUCCCUCAGGGCUGCUCGCUGUUUUACAUUAGAGAUUUGUCCGAACAUUAAAUGUGAUUGUUGUUUGCUAGAAACGGGAAGUACUUUCUCUGGAAGUACCUUUUUGUUUGGUGUACACCACAGCAUGUACAUUUUAGAUACAGAUAUUUGUCCAUGGAUGCGUGGAUGCUUUCCUCAGUGGCACAUGGCUGCCAUGUUUGCGUUAGUCUGAAGCUGGUUUUCGUAUCCACUAGAGAAACGAGCCUUGAAAAUCUUUAAAGAAAACACAACGACUCAGACAAAGAAGAAUAUAGUGGAACUGCUGAAAUGCUGAAAUUUUAAAGAAUUAUCGCAGCUUUGGUUUCGGUGGAUUUCUUUUGCUCGUAUAUCCAUCUCUUUGUUCAAUAUUAAAUUAUGACAGAGCUUUGUACAUGAUGGCACAUUGCAAUCAAAUUGUAAUUAAGAAUCUGCCAAGAGGGACAACAUAUUAAAUUUAAAAUAGUAAAAUUAAUGUUUUGCCGUUUCCUUGAUGUACUCUUAUUGUUGAAAUAGUCACCUUCUCUUUUUAUAUUGUUGAAACGUGAUGCUAAGCUGAAUAGGCCAGUUGCACAAUCAGUAUACACAUGGACAUUUGUUCCUCAAAGUUAGUGCAGAAACUUUCAUUCUGUCUGCUGUAUAUCAGGACUUUUAUCUAAGAGGAACUUGGGCUUUACUGUUCAUGAAAAUGUUGGUCGACUGCUCCACAUAAAGGCCUCCUCUGGCUUCAUCACAACUCUGUGAGACCGAGCCCGUUAUGUAACCUCUUUGUGACGUGUUUUCAGGUGCAUGAUUCCUAUAUUUUGCAUUUGCAUUUUGUGUUGUAAUCUCUUAUGGUUGAUUUUAUUGGUCUCUCUUUUAUAUUGUAAAUACUGUGCCUCAUUCAAACUUUGGUGAAUUUUGGUGUUUAAACUUAUCGGUGAAUUAAAAUGAUACCAGGCU